CAAAAUUUGAAUCGGUCUAUAAUGAAGCAAGACGAACCGGAAGUGACUUCUGACAUACCGGGUAAUUACGUCACGUGACGCUAUCGCUUCAUUCCUCUUAUUCUUUUCCAGUGUUGAAAACGAGCGCGAUGGCCCUUUAUAGGAAAUGUAUUGUCAGUGAACAAUUUUUGAAAGAAGCUGCUGAACAAACUGCAAGUUUAAAUACUCGAAUAUCUCUUGAGAGAAAAAUGAGACAACCUUUUCUGGAUUCCCAGACAGGUGUGGCUCAAAAUCACACUACUCUGUGGCAGCAGUAUAUAAACAGAUGCCCUGGUGAAAAUCAAGGACAACUGUAUUCUUAUCCUGCCAGAAGAUGGAAGAAAAGAAAGCGGGCGUUUUUCCCCACUGAAGUGAGGAUGGCCCGAGCUGGUGAUAUAGAAACUGGAGAAGCAGGGUACAAGUCCUGGUGGUGCCUUCCUGUUGCUCAGUCAUUGGACAUGCAUCAAAUUAGUGCCAUUGAAAACCCAGCUAUUCGACGUGGAGAUGAUGAUGAUCGCGAAGAUUUAAAAAGUGAAAACAGUAAAGAUAAAUGGUAUGAAGAAGUGGAAAAUAUUAGUGAGCCGCCUGAUGUUGGAGAAGGUGUGGAUUAUCAUUCAGACAUAAGUGAUUAUGAAGAGAUUAUACGGAAGAAAAAGAAAAAAGGAGGCGGGCGAGGCAGAAGGAAAGUUGACAAAGAAUCUACACCAAUUGAUGAUAAAGACAAGCCAUACUGUUGCGAAGCGUGUGGGGCUCGAUACAAAACAAGACCUGGACUUGCAUAUCAUUAUACACAUUUUCAUAAUGGGAUGUUGGAUGCUGACGAAAGCUGUGCCCCAUCUCCUCCUGCUCACAAACCACCAGUGGGUAUUUCUAUGGACAGCUAUAAUACUUUCAAUCAUACACCUGUCGCAAAAUCUAUUGAUGGCAAAGUGGCUCCAAAUAAUUACUGUGAUUUCUGCCUCGGAGACUCACAAGAGAACAAGAAGACGCGUCAGCCAGAAGGCCUAGUAUCCUGCAGUGAUUGUGGACGAUCAGGGCAUCCAUCCUGCCUGCAGUUUACUCCAAACAUGAUUAUAUCCGUGAAGAAAUAUCCUUGGCAAUGUAUCGAAUGCAAGUCUUGUGGUCUCUGUGGGACAUCCGAUAAUGAUGAACAGCUUCUGUUCUGUGAUGACUGUGACCGAGGCUAUCAUAUGUAUUGCUUGACUCCUCAGUUAUCGGAACCACCUGAGGGUAGUUGGAGUUGCCACUUGUGCAUAGAGGAAUUCCACGGAGGUAAAAAGCCCGAGGGCAUGCAAUGAUGAUGUGGAUGCCAAGCAGUGCUGUGCAUCGGACCAUUUGUGUUCCUUCUCACCUGUUGACCAGUGCGUGGAGGAGGAGGCAUGCUACAUUCAUUACUUUUGCUGUCUUUGUCUGGAGUUCACCUCUCCUAGAUUACCGGGAAGAGCGAUGUAUCUAGCAGACUCAACUGCUGCAGCUGCUGCCUUAACUCAUUUGAAUUUUUUUUCAGUAGUUAUUAGGAAAAACUUUUGAAUUCUUUCCUGUAACCAAAAACCUUAACAUAUUUUUGUAUAUGUAAAACAAAAAUUUCAAAAUAUCAAACAAAAAAAAAAAAGACAACAACAGUGUCCCAAUUGAGGUAGGGCUAAAUUUUAUUCCAACAGUUACCUACAUUUUUUUCCCCCCGUUAAAUGUAAUAUGUAUGCUGCUAAUGGUAAUUAUCUUACUGAUAUACUUCAAAAUAAUCAUAAUGAGUAUAAGAAUCUCAACAACAACAACAACACAAACAACAAAAAAAAACUUCUGCUAAUGUUGCCUAAAGAAAAAAAAUCUGAUACAGCACUAUUGUAGACAAUUGAUUCCUGUAGUAGUAACAGUAGUAAAUAUCAAAGUCAAUAGCAUGCACAUGCCCACAUGGUUCUUCUGAAACUGAUAGUAGUACAGCACUAUAAGACUUGAAGAGGAGAAGCUGUGCUUGCCUACACAAGCAAACAUGUGCAAUGAUAUUUUGGAUAUAACUUUAACAAUAGUCGUAUUUUGUUUGCAUUGGCUGCUAGUAUCAUUUAGUAGUUGUGUUGGCUACUUGAGGGGGUGACUGUGUGCGUGUGUGUGUGCACAAGCAGUAGAUACCAUUUAGCCAGUUAGACUUCUUGAAUAUAUUGUCUUCAUUAUAUUUAUAUCAUGGUUUUCAUUUUUUUUUUAUCAUUUAAUGCAACUGUUAUCUUUGGACAAUAUUUUAAAAUUUAAUUACCAUAAAGAAUUUAGUAAAGACUAGUUUAAGAAGUAUUAUGUGUAAAUCUAAAGAACUUUGAAUUGGACAUUUUACUUCCUUCAAAAGAAUUUUGUUCUGAUUAGAUGUAAUAAUUUAAACAUUUUAUUGAAAUAAGCUUCGGUCUUUAAAUAUUUGAGUUUGAAAUGUGUUUAGUGAGAAUAUUAUACAUUAGCCUUCUCUCUUCUCAUUUCUGUCCCCUUUCUUGUCUGUCUCAGUCAAAAGUACCGCUUCUUGCUUAAUAGUUUAAUGAUGUCCAAUUAGGUGCUGGCUGCUAUAAAAGUAAAAUGAAGACGACAAAGGCAACAGUGCAGAUAUAUUAGGUUGCUGCGAAGCAUAUGUACUGUUGUGCCUUACCAGUUAUUGAAUUGGCCUGUGACUGCCAGCGACACGCUAUAUGGAAUAACCAGUUUUAGAUUAUUUUUGUUACCCUUUACAUUUGUUAUAUUGAGCUAUAAAUAUGGAAUUAUAUUUAAAGUUGAAUAGAUAAAUUUCACUUAGUAUGGACAAAGAUUACUAUUUGGAAAUUAGUUUUUACACAAGUGAGACAAACAAGGAUGAGAUUAUUUUUCUAAAAAUAAAAACCAAGAAAAAUAUUUAAAAUUUAUUGGAUAAAGCAUUUCUUUUUUUUUUUUUUUUACCUUUAAAUAUAAAUCUAUGCAAGACUUUAAUGUUUCAAAACUCACAAUUUGUUUUUGAAAGUCUCUUAUUAUUAUUAAGUCAAACAGACUUUCUUAGAUUGAAAUAAGUUUAAAGUUAAUAGAGCUGUUAGUAAAACUUAUUGUACCAGUUUUGACUCUGAGCAUUUAACGAGAUAUUUAAAUAUAUAUAGAGGGAGAGACACAUCUAUAUUAUUUCAUAUCUGAGAUUUCAACCUGUCUUUAGUCUCCUGCAUUAAUUCCAUCUUUCUGAAUGGAAUUUUAAGUAGAAUUAUCAAUAUUUUCUUUUCUUAUUGAUAUUUUCUUUCAAGUUAAACAAAUGUUGUAUAUGUGUGUGCAUGUGUGUGGUUUAUCUACCUCUUAUCAGAAUAUACAGAACUCAGUUUAAAAGAAUGAUGUAAAACAAUUUUUAAAAUGUUCAUCAAAAUUUUAAUUUAAAUAAUAGUAAUAAUCAUUAUCAUCAUAAUAAUAAUAAUAAUGUGGUCAUAGAAAUUUUUUUUUCAUAUGUUCAUAUUUAUUGAAUUUAACAUUAUUCUUAAAUGUUUAUUUAAAUUUUGGCUUUGAUGCUCUUUGCAUGCCAUAUUACUCCUUUUCACAUCUUUAAAAUCAAGCAGCUCGUUUUGGAUUAAUUCAGUGUUGUAGGUUUCCUUUAUAAGUAUCUACCUCUCAGUUUUAAAAAGCUGGUUUGAAGCCAUUAUCUGUAUUAAAAUUAAUUCCUGCUGAUAUCAAAACAAUGUCAUUCUUUCUACAUAAAUAUUAGGAGUCUUGGGAGAAGACUUGGUUACAUCAACCAUUUGGUAAAGAUACACUUUAGCUUAUGAAAAAACAUAUAAUGGUAUAAAUUCAGCUGAAGAAAGCCAUUAUUGGCAUGUUUAUGUAUUUGUUACUCACCACUAGUCCCCUGUUUAUAGAUUGGUACUAACAGGGUCGGUGCUAUGCACUUGGAAAACCAAGAGAUUACUUAAGAUGUUAAAAUCUAAAUUCUGAACUGUUUGGAUGUAAUUUCUUAAUCUAGCUAAAAGUACAGAUUUUUUUCAAAGAACAUAAAGAAAACAAAAAAAAAAGAGAGAGAGAGAUUAUGAUAACUUUUUUUUGGUAAAUCCUAGUCUUACUAUUCAUAUCUGUCAACAGAUAUGGAUGCUGUAGUUGUUUAAACAAUGUUUUAGCAGUAUCAGAAAUAAAAUAAUCUUCAGCUGAACAAUUGUAUGUAUGCUACAUAUUUAUAAGCUACUACUCUUGGCUGUAUUGGCCAAACAGCUGCACUUCGUAGCACUGGCCUGGGGCACCGAAUACUCUAACUCCGGCUCUGUGUUUCAUGCUAAACAUUCUUUAAAUGUAUCAGUAUCUGGUAUUGUUUUCAAUUUGAAAUAAAUCAAAUUCUUUUUCUUUUUAUCUCAGACCCCCCACCCCCUAAUCCACACUUAUAUCUUUCUGUUAAACUGAGUUCUUCUUUUUUAAAAUUCUAAAUUUUCCCCUCACACUUGCCUAUUGGUGCUAUUUUCCUCAACAGUUACACACUCACAUAUAAGACACUGAAUCAUGACAGUUACCUUCAAAAGCUAAAGUUUUGUUGCUUUUUUUCCUAUGUAAAGGUUUUUUUCCCAUUCCAAUCUGACACACUUCAGACUUGUAAAAGAACAAACAAAAGAAAUAAAAUUUUCUCUAGCUCUAA